GCCUCAGAGGAAGAAGAUUAGUUGCACAGCGCUGUCUGUUGUUUUGUUGCGGUGCUGGUUCAAUACAAACUGUUAAAAAAUGUAUUUCUGUAAAUAAAAAGGGCAGUUUUUUAAUCAGGUCCGUGAUCUGUAAUAUUCUCACAGUCGUGUCUAAGUGCUGAAGCAAUCAGGGAUAUCUGGAUGAGUAUCAUCUGAACUGAGAUCUGCUGCUGUGAAGAUGGAGUUUGUCAAAGAGGAGACUGAGGAGAACACGAGUCAAAUAAAACAAGAGGAACCAGAAACCUGGAAAAUAAAACAAGAGGAAUCAGAAACGUUGAUAAUAAAACAAGAGGAACCAGAAACCUGGAAAAUAAAAGAAGAGGAACCAGAAACCUGGGAAAUAAAACACGAGGAACAAGGAGAGUUUAUUGAAGAAAGUGAGGAGAACAAAAAAUGGAUUGAAGUUGAGGAUAAAAAUCAUGUCAAAACUGGAGAAAAAUCUUUGAGUUGCUCUCAAACCAAACAGAAAAAUUUAAAGAAAAGAAGAAGCAAGAAACCGUACACUUGUGAUCAGUGUAAUAAAACAUUUUUGAGGGCUUCAAACCUGAAGAGCCAUCUGACAGUUCAUACAAAGGAGAAGCCAUAUUCAUGUUAUUCGUGUGGAAAGAGUUUUUCACGUUUUUCAAAUUUGAAAAAACAUAAGAAAAUACAUAGUGGUGUGAGAGAGUACAUGUGCUUUGAAUGUGAAAACACUUUUACUUCAGCGAGCAGUUUAAAACGGCACGAGAGGAUCCACACUGGAGAAAAACCUUAUGAGUGUUCACACUGUGACAAGAGAUUCACUCAGUCAGCACAUCUGAAAACACAUGAGAAAACCCACACUGGAGAGAAACCUUAUAAGUGUCCACACUGCAACAAGGGAUUCAGUGAUUCAGGAGACCUAAAAACACAUGAGAUGUUCCAUACUGGAGAGAACCCAAAUAAGUGUUCACAUUGUGACAAGAGAUUCAAUAGGUCAACAGACCUGAAAACACAUGAGAGGAUCCACACUGGAGAAAAACCUUACAAGUGUUCACAUUGUGACAAGAGAUUCAAACAGUCGUCACAUCUAAAAACACAUGAAAUGAUCCACACUGGAGAGAAACCUUAUAAGUGUUCACAUUGUGACAAGAUAUUCAAUAGGUCAGCAAACCUGAAAACACAUGAGAGGAUCCACACUGAAGAGAAACCUUACAAGUGUUCACACUGUGACAAGAGAUUCAAUAGUUCAUCAAGUCUGAAAAGACAUGAGAGGAUCCACACUGGAGAGAAACCAUACACAUGUGAUCAGUGCGGAAAGAAUUUCGCACAAAAAAGAAAUCUUACAGAGCAUAUGAAAGUUCAUACUGGAGUUAAACCGUACACUUGUGAUCAGUGUGAGAAGUGUUUCACACGCUUAUCACAUCUUAAGGAUCACUUGAACAUCCACACUGAAGAGAAACAGUGUUCAUUAGAUCAAUGUGAUGAAACAUUUUUGAGCUCUUCAAACCUGAAGAAACACCUGACAGUUCAUACAAAGGAGAAGCCGUAUUCAUGUUAUUUGUGUGGAAAGAGUUUUUCACGUUUUUCAAAUUUGAAAAAACAUCAGAAAACACAUACUGGUGUGAGAGAGUACAUGUGCUUUGAGUGUGGAAAAACUUUUAAUUCCAUGACCUGUUUAAAUCGGCACGAGAGGAUCCACACUGGAGAAAAACCCUACAAGUGUUUGCACUGUGACAAGCGAUUCAAUCAUUCAACACAUAUGAAAACACAUGAGAGGACCCACACUGGAGUGAAACCUUACAAGUGUUCACACUGUGACAAGAGAUUCAAUAAUUCAACACAUCUGAAAAGACACAAUCGGAUGCACACUGGAGAAAAACCUUAUGAGUGUUCACACUGUGACAAGAGAUACAGUCAGUCAAUACAUCUGAAAAUACAUGAGAUGAUCCACACCGGAGAGAAACCUUAUGAGUGUUCACACUGUGACAAGAGAUUCAGUCAGUCAGUACACCUGAAAAUACAUGAGAGGAUCCAUACUGGAGAAAAACUGUAUUACUGUACUGAAUGUGGAAAGCGUUUCAGUCAUUUAUCUGCUCUACAGAGGCAUACAAAAAACUAUCACAGUGAGGUCCCGAACAAACGGAGAUGCCUUUAGCUGUUUUUGUACAAAUUUUGUAUCAUAUUGGUGUGUCCUCGAGACAGAUCCAGCACUUUUGCAGCCUGAAACUGCUAUUAACUCUGCUUUAGAGUUAGUCUCACGGGUCACUGCGCUUAUUCGCAGACACCAAAGUACAUUAUUUGCAUGUGCUUUAAAGCCUUGCUGGUUAAAUGUUUCAUUCACACGCUGGUCUGACGUAUGCCUUUUCUGAGCACCGUGGUGCACAAAAAAAGCCUGUAAAAAAAGCGCCUGAACUAAGUUACCUUUAGCACUAAUACUGUCAAAACACACGAUUUACAAAUAGAGGUUUGUCUAAAAUGAAAGUAAGCAGUUGAGAGAAAAAUGGAUGUACGCCUGUUUAUUAGAUGCAUGCUGGUCUUAAUGGGACCCAAUUAAACAUGCAGUUGACUGUUAUUAGGCAUAGUUCACUCUAAAAUCGAUCAACAUUUAUCAUUAUUUUAGCCAUUAUUUGCUCACUCACGUUGUCCCAAACCUGUAUUUAUUCAUUUUUUUAUGCUGAACACAGAAGAUAUUUUGAAGAAUGUGGGUAGCCAAACAUUUGUUGGUCCAAAGUCACAAUGGACCAGCAACUGUUUGGUUUUCCAUGUUCAGCAGAAGAAAGAAAAUCAUUCAGGUUGUAAAACAACUUUUGAGUGAGUAAAUGAUGGUAUAAAAAUAAAGCGCCUAUGACAGAAUUGACAGACAGACGACAGUUUUUAUUUUGGAGUGAACUGUUCUUUGAAGGAUAGUGUUUUAUUUUUAGAUUUGUUCAUUCAAUUUCUUGAAUACUCCUGCUUAAUAUACCUGUUGUACCUGAAAAUAAGCCCUUGUUUGUUUUAUUUGUAUAUUAUGUGUAGUUGUAAUGUGUAGCUUUAUUCUUAUUUUUUAAUAACAAAGAUAAGAAAUGACAAAGAUUGUUACCUUGCCCACUUUUGCCUUUUUUGAUCCCUUGAAAGGUUUAUUCUUUAUAAUAGGUAAAUUGGUUUGGCUGUUAUGCUCAGACAACUUAUGUAAAAUAGUAUAACCAACAUGAUAAAGAAUAGUGAUAAAAUUGUGGGUCGUGAUGUAAAAAAAAAAAAAAAAAACAUUUUUUCCAUAUUGCCCAGAUUUUUAACCUAGUCAGACACUGCUACUUCACAUAACAGCAACAACAAUAACAAUGGCAGACUACAUGUUUGUGUUCGUCUUGCAGAAGCCUAUUAACUUUACUAGAUUUACUUGUUGUUUUGGAUUUUGUAUACAGCAGCAGAGUGUACAGUACAAAUAUAAAGGUAUACAAGAAGUGACUAAGUCAAAAUAUUGUAUAGUACCAUAAUAUGUCAUUUACAUUGCAUCUGCACUUGUCAUGAGAUGCUUCACUAGCGUGCAAAACUGCAAUUAAUAAAAACCAGCAGUGAGUGAAUUCUGACAAAUUAAAUCAUAUUUUAUUGGCCAUUACAUUAAAGAAAUUCAACAGAUUUGUCUGUGAUCGGCUACAUUGCUUAAUGCCGAUAUUUUUGAC